CCGAAGUAGACAGCCCUGGUUUUCUGGAAAUCGUCAGUGGUCCGGGGCCAUUAAACGCGUUAUAUGUGUAUUGCAAUUUGAUCUCGUAGCGCUUGGUUGGAGAGUAAUUUACACGAAUUCCUGGGCAUCCGGGUCUCCGCAGGAGACGUAAAUGUACGUGAGUUUUUAAGAGGUGAUGCAGGGCAUAAUGCCAGUUAAAACAAAAUCUCGAAUUCCUGAAAAUAUGGGUAUCACAGGUGGAUUAGUAGAUGCUAGGGAUAAACAAGUAUUAAAAGAAGCUGUGGAAGCAGUCGUCAACAGCUUUGCUAAACAUACUCAAGGCUAUGGAAGAGUAAAUGUAGUAGAAGCUUUGCAAGAAUUUUGGCAAAUGAAACAAAGUAGAGGAACUGAGCUAAGAAAUGGAGCAUUAGUUAUUUAUGAAUCUGUACCUGGCACCAGCCCACCUUAUGUGUGUUAUGUAACUCUUCCUGGAGGAUCUUGCUUUGGUAGUUUUCAGAAUUGUCCCACUAAAGCAGAGGCUCGCAGAUCAGCAGCAAAAAUUGCUCUGAUGAAUUCUGUUUUCAAUGAACAUCCAGCACGUAAAAUAACAGAUGAUUUCAUAGAAAAAGCUGUUGCAGAAGCAAGAGCUAGCUUUGCUAAGCCUUCUGCAACUUCGAACAGUAAUCAAACACAGGUAUGUUUUGAAUUUGAUCUGAGUAUAUUUGUUAUUAUAAGAAUUAUAUUAAAUGAAUUAUUUAAUUUUCAGGGAAGUGGAGAUGAGAAAGAAGAUCCAAAUACAGGUAUCGGAGCAUUUCGUUUUAUGUUAGAAUGUAAUCGUGGAAGGACUAUGUUAGAAUUUCAAGAAUUAAUGACAGUCUUUCAAUUACUUCAUUGGAAUGGAUCUUUGAAAGCAAUGAGAGAAAGACAAUGUAGCAGACAGGAAGUAGUUGCUCAUUAUAGUCAUCGAGCUUUAGAUGAUGAUAUGCGUAGUCAAAUGGCAUUGGAUUGGGUAGCAAGAGAACAUGAAAGCGGUGGCGGCGUUGUUGCUAUGGAAUUGGCAUUGGCUGAGAGAGAACUCGAAGCAGCACGUCUAGCUGGAAGAGAACUUAGAUUUCCUAAAGAAAAAAAAGAUAUAUUAAUGCUUGCACAUGCUCAAGUAUGCCCUCAGUGAUUUCUACAGAGUGAAUGUGCAUUUUACACGCAAAAAAAGAUAUAAAACUGGUUUUACAAAAGCUGGUAUUAGGGGAAUAUUCAUUUUUUAAUGACAUGCAAUAUCACUGUAUUGUGAAAUGCUUUAUUGUUGUCUAGCAUUGAGACACAUAAUCCGUCCUUUUUUUUAUAAAGUAUUUUUGGUGAUAAUAGAAUAUUAAUGAAAUUAUAAAUUUAAUGUAUUUUUAAGAAUAUAUUAAAUGUGAGACUGCCAUUAUAAACUGCGAUAGAAAGAUACAGGACAAAUUGUUCAAAUCAAAAUUAAUUAUUAAUUGUAUAUAGACAUAUUUUGAUACAAAAUCUUGUCUUCCAUUACAGCAGUUUAAGUCGUCCCCUCUAUAAUUAAUAGCAUUACAUAUGUUCAGCACAUAGCGAGAAUGCUUGGUGAUAUACUAUUUGCCU